AUGAGUGAUAGAUUGCAGCAAUCGCUUCAAUUUGUGAUUAAAGCAGUUAACAAAAUAAGAAGCAAUGAGUCGAAUACCCGUUUAUUUGCACAAUUGUGCAGCGAAAAUGAUGAAGACUUCCAGCGAUCGCUCUCACAUACUGAAGUACGUCGGUUGUCGAAAGGUGCCUGUUUAACAAGAUUUUACUUGCUUUUUGAUUCAGUUUUAGAGUUUCUGGAAAGUAAAGAUCCAGAUUUAAAAGAAAACCUGAUCAAAUUGAAAGCAGACAUCGCAUAUUUGACAGAUUUGUUCAAAAGAUUUAAUGACAUUAACUUGCAGUUACAAGGGGACAGCCUAAAUUUAAUAAAAACAAAGGGUGCAAUUUCGGCUUUUCUUGGAAAAUUGAAAUUUAUGAAGCAAAAUAAGAGUCGGCACGAAUUCUCCCAGUUUCCAAACUUGUCUCAGGCAAAAUGUCUUGCUGAGGAUCUUCAGACAUAUGUUCGACAUUUAAAAGCUCUGCAUGAUGACUUCAAAAACAGAUCUGAAGAUAUUCUGGCGAUGGAAAUACCAUCCUGGAUCAUAAAUCCAUUUGAUGAAACGGAAGUGGCGAAUGUGGGAUUACAAGAGGAGCUACUCGAGCUUAACACCAACGAGGAGCUGAAGGUGAAGUUUUAAAAAGGCUAUCAAACAUUUUGGCUGCAGGCAGAAAUACCCCCAAAAUAUCCUGGGAUGUGCGAAAUUGCGAGAAAACUUCUGAUAGCGUUUCCCUCGUCAUAUGUUGCUGAAAAAGGUUUUAGUGUCGUUACAAACCUAUUAACCAAAACCAGGAGCAGAUUGAACAUCACAAAACGGGGAGAUUUGCCAAAUAUUGAUAAUUUGCAGUCAAUCCAUCAAGUACAUUCCUCCCAUUAA